CCCCCGGAGCUCCGUUACCGCAGCAGCUGCAGCGGCGGCGGCAGCAGCAGCGGUGGUGUGAUCACGUGACGCCUGCAUUUCCGACACAACAAUACAAACACGGUGUCGGUCCGCGUCCACGCUCCCACUCUCUCUCUCGCGCUCUCUCUCCCCCUCCCCAGCGCCUCGCUCUCGGUAUGGCGGACGGCGAGCGGUCCCCGUUACUAUCAGACCUGGGAGAUGGAGCUCUUGGCAGCGGCAACGGUGGAGUGUCUCCCGGCGCGGCGCCCUACGGUGUGCCCAACAAACCCCAGAGCUUUCCUCCGUUCCCCAGCCCAACUCAGCCCUCGGUGCUCCUAGGGGAGGAUCCUCCACCCUACUCCCCGCUCACCUCCCCGGAGAGCGGCAGUGCCCCUGUUAUCAACUGCAGGGUGUGUCAGAGCCUGAUCUCCGUGGAGGGCAAGAUCCACCAACACGUGGUGAAGUGUGGGGUCUGCAAUGAAGCUACGCCCAUUAAGAACGCCCCAGCAGGGAAGAAGUACGUUCGCUGCCCUUGCAACUGUCUGCUCAUCUGCAAAGUCACUUCCCAGAGGAUCGCCUGUCCCCGACCAUACUGUAAGAGGAUAAUAAAUCUGGGUCCAGUUCAUCCUGGGCCUGCCAGUCCUGAUCCCCAGCCAGCCGGGGCCCGCGUCUCCUGUGGACACUGCAGCAACACCUUCCUGUGGACAGAGUUCACAGACCGGACGCUGGCCAGGUGCCCACACUGCAGGAAAGUCUCCUCCAUUGGUCAGAGGUACCCCCGGAGGCGGAGCUUGUGGUGUUUUCUACUCUGCUUGCUAUUUAGCAUUUCCACCGCCGGGCUGAUGGCUGGAACGUGGGUGAAGGCUCAGACCUACCAGGGGAUCUACGCCUCGUGGGCCGUGCUGCUGCUCCUGGUUCUCGUCACCUUAGCUCGGGCCUUUUACUGGGCCUGCAUGAGGGUCAGUCAGCCCCUCCAGAACUUCACAUAGAGCCCCCUCCGACUCUGUGGCUGACCUCGUCUCAACCCGCCAGGCAGGAGGAAAGAUGGCUUUAAAAAAAAUCAAAAACACAAAAAACAGAAUAUUUAUUUAAAUCCAACUCGGGAAAGAAAAUGAUCUUCUCCUCCUGCUCCCUUCCUUUUAGUCAAAUGUGUUUCUAAAACUGGAUGGCGGUGGCUGCGGCCGCUGUAUAUCUAUCGGUAAUUAUGAUGACGCGUAUAGCCUAAUGUACUGUCGAUCUAUUCUAAUCUCGUGGCCAGUGGGGUUCAUUUUAGCAUUUUUAACACUUUUCUUCCCCAGCGCUCUUUAUUCAGUUUGGCUUCAGUCUGUGGCACAUCUGUUGCACUCCUGCAACCUCUAAGACAAGGGCUUCAAGUCUUAGACGUGAAUAUCGCUCGUUUUCUUUUUUUUUUUCCGAGGGGGGACUUUUGAUUUCCGGUCCUGAUUUGACAUUUGGUUUAGUAUCUUCAGCAUUUAUCAAUUUUUUAAACAAAGCAAAAAAAAAAUAUUUUGAGAAAGUGGCAAAGUCAGAUGAAGCUGGAAAAAAAAAAAGAAAUAACGCCAGCAGCAGACGACUGGAGUAAUUGACGGGACAUCAGCCUCCUAUUGUGAAUCAAAAGAUCAAGUAGGUGUUGAAAUGUGUCUGAAAAAUUGAAUUCAGCAGUUUGUGAAGGUAGACUCUGAUGUGUCUGAACUCAGUGUUUAUGCUGAAUUAUCCCCUGGGACUGACUUUGAUCCAAAGCAGCUUGAAAGCCUUAAACGGAGGUGUGAUGGAAAGAUUCAACACGCUCACACACACACACACACACACACACACAGACACAUGAAUGCAUAUGGUGCACAUCAAAAAGACGAAGCUGUUUUAGAGUUGCAACAGCUCCGGAACCAGUUUGUAGAAGACGUCCCAGCCUCCGUCUUCAAAGACAAACCAGUGAACAGAUUUUCUCCGUGUUGUUGCGUCCCCGUCUUCAGUAAAAGGCAAAAGUGACUCGACGCCACUUUUCAUUCUGGUCCUGUUUGAGUACAACAAAAUCUACAGCUGCUUUUCUUUGAUCCGAAGUGAACCCAACAAGUUCACUUUUUAAAAAAAAACUUUCAGGUUUCUUUUUUGUAUUUUAUAAUUCUUCGUCUCUCACAUCUUAAAUUAACACAUAAGAGACAAGUGUUUCAUUCUGAGUAAAACACGAAGCGCUGUUGGGUUUUUAGACGUCGACAUCUGCCUCCACGUGCUAUUGUCAUUGAGGAUGGAGGCUGGUCCUGAGGUUUCUGAUUUGUUGGGUGCAGACGCUCAAAGCUCGAUGUCAGCGAGAAUAGGUCAGUAACAUGAAAACAAACACUACACGUCACAUUCUCACACUGCAAAUCUCCCAUGAUGACUCGUCUGUAGUUCUGAAUGUGGUGACUUUUCUUUUCUUCUGGAUUCUGUAUUUUUUUUUUGUUUUGAUUGUAAAUAUACUUGUUGUUUAUGUACAAUGGAAGUGACUAAGCGAAUUACGUUGCACUCCGAGCUUAACACUACUGCUGCGAUCGCUGCCGACGUUUUUGUUGUUUUUAAGAAGGUUAUUUUUGCAGCUCUUCACGUAUUUAAUGAUUUGACAAACUACUAACCUAAUAAGCCUCUGGACGCCCGGUCGUGUCCACAUCAUUAAAACACAUGAACAUAACUGCAGAAUCACAUUCCCACGCGAUGACAUUUCUAUCUCGCGCACACAAACACACCCAGCACCUUAUACAGUAGAGAGGAACACUGCAUACACCGAGAGAGGAAGUACCCCUGCUGGACUGGACUGAGGCCGCAGACAGUUCAUGUGUCAUGUUAUUUAUUAUAUACGCUGCAAAAAAGGACUUCAACAGUUGUGCCGUUUCCCCAAAAUCUUAUUUACUGUGGGUGAAGUCUGCUUGAGUGAGAUUAUUUCACUUUUUUCCAGAGCGGUCCGAGGGCAUUUUCUUUUUCCUCAUUGAAAACGAUUCACCAGUUUAGAUUUUGGGUUUAGUGCGUUCAUUUUUAAGAUGUGGGGGGAAAAAGUAAAAAUCAAGGUGACGCAUAUUGUUGAAGACCUUUUUUUGCAGUGAUCAUGUUUUAUCCAUAACUGCAAAAAAAAAAAAAAAA